UGUUUUGAUGUGCAUGCGUAGCUAUAUUUUGGAUUAAUCAUUAUAGUAAUACAGCAAUGUUCAAAUCUUACGAAUACUUGCUUGCAGAAGCACACAAUACAAUCAGGCCUGUUUCGCUUGAGCUGCAGCAUAAGCUCAAAUUGGACCUGGACUCCAAAUCAGCCGAUGAUCAGGACUCCGAUCACCAGAAACCAUUCAUAGAAAGUCGUAAAUACCCGAUCACUGUCGAGAACAUCGAACUUCGGUUCCGAGGUCCAAACGACGACGAUGACGACGACGACGUAGACUCUGUUUACUCGUGUGAUUUUGAGUUCGAAAUCGUGGCCUGCAGUUCUACUUCUGGUUUGCACCUGUUCGACUAUGGGGGAAUUAUUCUCAAUGAGACUUUUGUGAUACUAAACAAGGAAGACGAGAAGUUAAAUAUUCAGUUAAAACCAAUUUUACUCGCCAGUUUUACGAGCAGCUUCCUUAUUUACGACAGCUUCUCGGGUAAGUUUUAUAUAACCAAAAUAGACAAAAACUCAAGCCGAAUGGCCGAAUACAAAAUAGACACGAAAUCUGUCGGAAUCGAUCUAUCGUUUGAGUCGUGUUGUGUCGGAAUAGAACUGAGCAGUGUUCUGAUUGGUCGACGAGAUGAGCUAUUCUUUUUCGACAUCAAGUCGGGCGAUUUCAAACGAGAGUUGAAAGUGGAAGACAUUGAUUGUAUCCAGAGUGCUACUGGGUGUAGAGGGGGAAUCGUUCUCAGUGGGGUGUCAAAGAAAUCAGGUAUCUUGGUCCGCUUUUACGACUAUCUUUUUAUGGCCAAAUGGCAACUCGGUCAUCAAGAGUGUCGGGCGCUGCUAAGCAGCGGAUACUCUCAAGUCAGAUACUGCGAAGAGUACGAUCGCACAUUUCUCCUCGUGAACUCAGAGCACCUGCACGUUUUAGUUAUCGAAAACAACGGACUUCUGUUUUGCAAAAUCAGUCUAACUGAAAAUAUAAAAAAAGAGCGAUACUAUUUUGACAUCAAGAAGCACAGCAACAGUUUGUUUUUGUUGAUUUGCAGUAAAACUGGAGAGGCUGAAAUUUAUUCAAUGACGAUUGGACCAAAAAAACUCAAUGCGAAACUAGAUAUUGAAAGCAAAGAUUAUGUUAUGUCUUACUUCAGUUUGUUCAGUAGCCAAGAAUUGGGAUCAAAAAUAGGGUGGGUGUUAGAUAGAAUUGAGAUCAAAGUUGGCUGUUUGACAAGAAUUGAGAUCGAAGUUGAGUGUUUGACAGGAAUUGAGAUCCAUGUUGGGUGUUUAACAGGAAUUGAGAUCGAAGUAGGGUGUUUGACGGGAAUUGAGACCGAACUGAGGGGCAAAGAUUUGAGGUCGAAUGUUUGA